GCUGAAACACGAGCCCGCGGUGAGCUCAUGGCCCGGACCGUGGAAUCCAGAGUUAAAUGAUACCAAAAAACAGAAAAAUUUGAGAGGGAAGGGGGGGGAGUGGGACAGGUCUGGAACUGGUUCUGUGCGUCUGCUCGCCGGGGCUCCUCGCCGGCUUUUACGUUACACCAGAUGAGGAAAAGAGUCGGAGGAAGAAGAAAACUGCCGCUGUCUGCUUUGGUCUGCUUUGGUCGGGUUUUCCUCCUCUGGCCGGCCGCCGCCUGCAGCUUUCUCUCCCGAGCUCGCCGCCCCUCCGUCCGCGCUUUUCAAGUUAACGAGCCCCGUCGGUCUGGUCCUCGCGUCUGGGAGUUUAACGCCGUGAGGUCGCGAGCUCGCCGCUCUCCCAGCGCCUCUGCUCCUCUCUGACCCCGCCGUGACCACCAAGCGUCUAAAGAUGAUAUCCAUGCAGAAACGACACCUGAAAGGGGGAUGGAUUCGGCCCGAAGGAAUGUAAGGUCUCUGGAUCCAAAUGUCACCCCCCUCGGACUCGGUCGCGGUCAGGGAGCAGCAGUGUGUGACGGACCGGCGGCUGCAGCCUGCGGUGGCGCUCUGCACCGGCUGAGCUCUGCAUGGAGCAGCGAGUGAAGGGUCCUGCAACAAUUUGAUGUGUCGGCAUGGACGGGGUCGGUCCGAGGACGGGCCGCCGCUAGCGACAUCGCUGCUCUCCGGCUGAGGACGAGCAUCCGCAGGAUUACUCCCGCCGCCGUUUUCCCUCCUGUCAGACUAUCCAACGUGGACUUUUCGCUGGUGGAUACGUAUAUAUCGUUGGUUUUUUUGAUUUUUCCUUUCUUUUUUUGUUUGUUGGUUUACCUUUUCCCUGAUUUUUUUCCACUAUGGAGUUUCUGGCCGGAUCCUGGAAUAAAAAUUGGGCUUCGUUCUUGCAGUUCUGGUUGACUGUCAUCCUUAGCCUCCAAAUGCAGUUCGGCACGGGCGCCUCGUGCCCGCAAGAGUGUCGUUGUGACAAGACGUACAUAUACUGCAACGAACGCAGCCUGACCUCGGUGCCGCUGGGGAUGGAGGAGGGCUACAAGGUCCUCUUCCUGCACAAUAACCAGAUCAAUAAUGCCGGCUUCCCUUUGGAACUCCACAACCUGGCCUCCGUGGAGACGGUUUAUCUCUACGGCAACCAGCUGGACGAGUUCCCCAUCAACCUGCCCAAGAACACCAAGCUCCUGCAUCUGCAGGAGAACAACAUCCAGACAAUCUCCAGAGCCGCCUUGGCGCAGCUGACCAAGCUAGAGGAGCUGCACCUCGACGACAACUCCAUCUCCACCGUGGGGGUGGAGGAAGGCGCCUUCAGGGAGGCCCUGAGCCUCGAGCUCCUCUUCCUCACCAAGAACCACCUGAGCAGCGUCCCCAUCGGCCUCCCUGAGGACCUGAAGGAGCUGCGGUUGGACGAGAACCGCAUCGCCUUCAUCGCCGAGGAGGCGUUUCAGAACGUGACGGGGCUGGAGCGGCUGAUGCUGGACGGGAACUUGCUGAUGGACGAGGGCAUCGCCCCGGGGGCCUUCCAGGACCUGGUCACCCUGCGCGAGCUGGCCCUGGCGCGCAACUCGCUCACCUUCCCCCCGCCCCUCCUGCCCAGCCAGUCACUGGUCAAGCUCAGCCUGCAGGAGAACCAGAUCGACCAGAUCCCCGUGACGGCCUUCGCCGACUUGAGCCGGCUGGAGAAACUGGAUAUUUCCAGCAACCAGCUGCAGACGCUCACGCAGGGCGUGUUCGACGGCAUGUCCAGCCUGAGGCACCUCAUGGUGCGCAACAAUCCCUGGCGCUGCGACUGCAAUGUGAAGUGGGUGGUGGUGUGGCUCAAGUCCCUGCCCCCCCCCAUCAACGCCAGGGGCUUCGUCUGCUCCAGCCCCGAGAAGGUGCGCGGCAUGACAAUCAGAGAGCUGACGUUGGAUAUAAUCGAGUGCCCCGUCUCUCCGAACCAGCCGCCCUGGCCCACCCUGCGCUCCACCCCGCCCCCCCCACCCACCACCCCUCCCAUCACCACCAUAGUCUCCACCCCCAUCACCACAUCCAUCCCUUACUACUUCGACUCCCCCUCUCCUCCUUUACCCCCGAUCCACAGCAACCCGGCGGGGCCCCUGCCCCCGUACGAGGACCCCCUCCAGAUCUCCUUCUACGUGGUCAACGCCAGCAGCAUCGACGUGAGCUGGGCGUCCUACUUCACCGUCACGGCCUACAAGGUCACGUGGGUGAAACGAGGCCAGAGCCAAAUAAACGAGGGGAUGCGGGAGCGGACGGUGAGCGGGGACCAGCGCCACAUCAGCCUUAGCGGCCUGGAGCCCCAGUCCGUGUACCGGAUCUGCGUCCACGUCCUGGACAGCCUGAACUCCUACCGGCCCGGCGAGGAUACUAUCUGCUCGGAGGCCCGGACCAAGCCGCGCUCCACUAAGACCUCCGACAGAGACCAGGCUCCUCAGGACAGCAUCAACUCCACGCUGCUAAUGGCCGGGAUCAUAGGGGGGGCCGUCCUCAUUGUCCUGGUCACGUUGCUGGGCUUGUUCUGCUGGCACAUGCACAGGAAGAACCGGUCUGAUUCGACCAAGUGGAAAUACAACCGGGGCCGGAGAAAAGACGACUAUUGCGAGGCUGGCACCAAGAAGGACAACUCCAUCCUGGAGAUGACUGAGACCAGUUUCCAGAUAGUGGCGCUGAACAAUGAGCAGCUGCUCAAGGGCGAUUUCCGCAUCCAGCCCAUCUACACGCCCAACGGGGGCAUCGGAUUUAGAGACUGUCACCUCAGCAACAACAGCAUAGCCUACUGCAAGAGCAGCAACGUGCCCAGUACAGAGUUCUGCCACACGUGAUGCAGCAGCACCGCCUGCAGAGCCGUGCACACAGACACAUGAAACCACAAGCAGUUGCAUAAAUACACCGUUUGUGUAGAUAAAAAGGAAAAAAGAAUAUAAAAAUUCUAGUCAAAUAUAACUGUACUAUAUAUAUUUCCAAGUUCUGUCUGCAAUGUAAUUUAUACCGUGGAUUAUAAUGUGGGAUUCUCUGCUAUCUUUUUUAUUCUUAGAAAAAGGAGAUAGAAUCGUUUCAUUUUUUUAUAACCAGCAGGGUUUUGAGAGUUGUUUUAAAAAAAAAAAAGGUCAGUACUGUACAUGAACAUGGAUUUGUACAAUCACGGCACCCUGGGUGUAGCUUCUGACAAAAAAACUACAAAUAUAUAUAUAUAUAUAUAUACUGUCAGCCUCGGACACAUUAGUGGCGCUUUAGACAGCCGGGAUCCUUCGCUCACCACAGACUCAAAAGUAUCCCCUUUUUCUGGUUUUGAAACCCUGCAACCCCCCCACGUCCCAGCCCAACAGAGCAGCAGUAAAAGACGACACGGCACAGGAGGAAGGCUGAGAUUGCUAAGUAGAGAACAUUGUGGAAAAUCUAGCACCAGUUGUCGUAAAAAAAAAAAGAAUCAAAGUGCACUUUCAUAUUAAUGGUAGCAAGGCAGGAAAUGAUCCGGGCCGUGCUGCGACGACGUCGCAAAUGCUCUCGCAAAAAUAUCCCGGGCUGAGAUUUCCCAGAAGUGCCAAAUCACUACAAACAUCUUUGUUCUGUCCGUUUACUCUUGAAUGAAGGUGGGAUUAGUUGAGACACUUUUGGAAAACUCUGGAAAGGGGAUGUGCCGUUUUCAGCAGACUUAAUUAAUAUUGGCUUAAAAGCAGCAAAGGAUUAUGGUCUUUAGUGAGGUGCAUGGAUGAGCUGAGACCUGCAGACCCCUUUUGGAGAAUUCCUGUGAUUUGCUCUUGUUUUUUUUCUUCUUUUUUUGGCCACAAGAGGGCAGGUUUUCCUCUCACUGUUGUACGUGUGUGUGUGUGUGUGUUGGUCAGAGACGGAAAGGCCAGAGAUCACUUUACCUCCACGAUUCCCCCGGAGCCCAUUACCCAGGCGACACUAUUCAUGCUCAGCAGCAUUGUGUGGGUCAUUCAUGCCCAUCGAGCUGCCUAAUGACGUGGAAGCAUUUAAAACUAACAGUGUUUUCAGUGUUCGGCGGCUAAAUUAUAUGGAUUUUCAACACUGCUGCCUAGUGUGUGUGUGUGUGUGUGUGUGUGUGUCUGAAAAAUAGCAUGAUGAAUUUUAGAGAUGAUGCUAAUUAUACCCCCUCAUACAUCAGCCUUGUCCCAGCCAUCAUUAGAGAUGUUAGAUAAAUUGGAAAUUGCAGCGAGACUGCAGCCUGGCCGUGAUCGUACACAGAGCUGUGACCGAGCGCCUUGUCUGGAGUCCUGUCGUUUAUCCCUGCGCUCACGUGUUUUCUCAUUUUCAACAAUGCACCUGCUCAUUUCCCAUCAGCAGUUGCUGCGAGGAUGAUUCCCUCUCUGUCCACCCUCAUUUAGCCACCAUCCACCCCAGUCCUGCGCCGGUGUCUGACUCCAUGCUCUCGUCGCUGCAUGGGCUCAAUUAAAACCAUUUUCCUGCCCUUCAGCUCCGAGGCUUUGGUGGCAGCUCCUUGCAUGUGAGAGGUCUUCAUUACGCACUUCUUGAGACUUUAUUUGAUCUGACAAGGUUUUAUUUUAAGGAGGGCAGACUUCAAGAAUUCCCACCCCCCGUUUUCGUUUCCACUCUCAUAAUCCUCAACCAAAAAAGGCAGAAAAGUAUGUGUGCCUCAUUUUCACUCGGCUGCAUGGAGCUCACACCGGGAGGUGUUUAACUCUUUGUGAAGCACACAGUUGUUUGAGCGUACCGUACAAGCGAGGCAUAACAUUUAAAACAGAGUAAUAUUCAAGGGCUCGUACUCCAGUUGUUCCAAAGUUGAGAUCAUUUCUCGGAGUAGCUCAACAGUAGCUGCACUUACUGUAAAUCCAGCCAAUCACGAUCACAGAAGAUUUGCGUUCCCAGACCCUGAGCUUAAAAUCUUUUGAACAAAAGAAACUACAUGAAAUGAUCCUUUGUGGUUUCUGCCUCGACACUGAACUGUGAUGUUUGUCCAGACGUGCAGGAGGUUGCUUGCCAUGUGUUGGGUUGACGCAGGCUGCAACAAAUUAUUCGAUUGGUCCAUUUGAUAGUCCCUUCUUCAUAUUUCCCCGCUACUACAACUAGUUUGAUGUUUUCAAGCUGAAUAGAAAAACAUCUUGUUGCAGUGUCAGUAAAAGUUGCUGUAACUCACAUACGAUGUCCGUGAUUUGCUCCACUGCAAAGUCUGAGCUGCAUAAAAGCAAGUUCAGCACUGCUGGCUACAGCGCCGCAGAAAAGAACCUGCAACGCCACCUAGCGCUUGUUGGUGUAAUUACGGAGCGAUGUAAACGACAGACAAGCAUAAACGCAAACAACAACAACACAGGUCCUAUAUGUAGGCUACAUGCGUAGUAGCUCCAUAGAACCAUAAAUUACAUGUUAGCAUGUCUUUUAGCAUCAUGUUUUAUUCCCAAAUUUUGUUUUUCAGUUUUAGUUUGUCGGAACAGCAUUUGUUUGUAUAACCAAAUGAUGAUAUUUUUAAAGUGGAAAAAAUGUAUAUUGUUGAGAAUAUAUAAAAUCAGUGUGGUCACGAGAGUUAGCUGAGGAGGUUGAAAUCGCUCUGCUGUCUGUGCUUAACGUAAAGAUAGCCUAGCGUAUCUUGAAAAAAAGGCAAGAAAUGGACAAAACUGGCUUUAAAACUGUGUGGACCUUUGUGCCAGGCUGCUGGUAUAGUUGGACGGAAAGAGGUUUGCUGUUUCUGUGCUUUUAUUUAUUUAUUUUUUUAAAGCUAAGCUAACCAGUUCUUGGUUGCUUCACAUUUAGCAUUCAGACAUAAGAAUGGUACCCAUUUUCUCAUUAUUUUGACAUAAAGUAUGUUUCAUUUCUGAGGGAAAACAUGGUUUCGGUCCCCAAAUACCGUACACUUGUGACAGAGACGAGCUUAUAUGUAUUUAAACUUCUGGUCGUUACCAAAGCAUCGCCACGUUUUACUCAAAUGUUUUCUGGUCAUAUCAGCUAACGCAACACACCUACCCUUAAGACCGGACCAGGCCGCCCCGACCUGCCCUGCUGACCACCCGACCAACAUGUUGCACCAGCUAGCUACGAUCGUACAAUAUCGCGCCUCGUUUCCAUUUGCUUCUGAGCUCUCCUGUGAUUGGUCCAUUUAUUCCUAAAGGAACUAAAGUCAUCAUUGAUGAAGCUCUAAAACGCCUGCUUUCGAGAUUUGCUUCGUGCUUGUUGAAGAACUUCAUCCAGUGUACUAGCAUCCAGUGCUAGCAUUCGCAAUGUAAAUAACAGGUUUUUGAAAAUCGUGCUUAUUUCGAUUGUUUUAACUAUGUCGAACAUUAGAAAAUACAUUUCUUUCGCCAUAGCAACAACAAUUUGGCGACAGCAACAUUGUUGUUAUUAUUAGCCACGGCAUUCAUGAAGAUCCGCACCGCCUCGGUUUGAACACUAGGGGGCGCGAUGCGACAAAGAGCAAGUGGAAAUGAGGCACUGACAUGGACACCGGUACCUGCUGGAGCGUCCUGAUUCUGUUCUUUUAACACAAAGACCCUGUUUGAAGUCACAUGAUCAAACAAGUCGAGAUAAACUUUUGCAAUAUGCAUCUAUCUGUGAAUGUGCUAACGAAGACGAGCCUUACCGUUGACGUACGACCGAGUGCUUACCUAUAGACAAUGUGUUUUUUUCCCCUUUUUUGUGAGAGUUGUGGACUGAUUGGAUGAGAAGCUAGUAUCUUACAGUGGAUAGCGGUUGUUUUAGAGAAUUGGGGAGAAACUUUAACAGGGAGCUAACAAGUAGCUACUGAGAAUAGCUUUUAGUUUGGAGAUGCAAAUUCUCACCAUCUGAAAACAGCUCGAACCUAAUUAAUUUUAUGGUAUAAAUCACUUUUGCGUGAGACAAUACCGGGGCUAAGUCUGCAUAACCAGUUGAACAUGGUGUCGUAACGCUGGCCAUGUUGCAACACGGACGUUGCACGGUCAAGAAAAUGUCCUGAAACAAUGAAUAACUGUAAAAAGGGACGUAAAAAUCCAAAGGUUUGAGUUGUUGAAGUUGGUGAAAAUUGGCUCCUCUGUGAGGCUAGCGCCACGUCCCUGAUUUUCCAAACUCAAAGUGCCGUUAACUGCAGCUAAGACACUAACUACUGAUAAAUACUCUCCGCAACUGCCAGAUCCACAGAUGUAGAUGCAUCUUUAAGGGGGAGGAAAUAAAACCAUGAAGACGUAACGGGAACAACACACGGAAAGCACAACUCUGGCUGUGGCAACAGUAACAGCAUUAAAACAACACGAACCAUGACUCACAGCUCCUAACGAAGGACUCCACAGGGCCGGACGUUAAGCGGUGUACAGCUAAUGAUCGGAGCAGACGCAGGAACUGGCUGCGCUGGCUGUUUAGCAGCUCGUAUUACUCUUGAUUUUGAUGAAAGAAUGGGGCUACAGUGCUGUGAACAGCUACACCAAAGGUGUCGGAGUCAGCAAGAGUUGGUUGAUUAUUGCUUUGGCAAGAAGCUCAUCGGUUCACGGUGAAAUAAUUCAGACAGGAGUCCUGAAGCUGAGGAGGGUCAAAGUCGCACCUUCUUCCUUCAGGCAGACGACUCUGUGAAAUGUGUUUCAGCCGGUGAUGAUUCAUUCUGCAUGUACUGUACUUUUUUCAUUGUCAGUCCAGGAUUUUGAUUAUUAUUUUUCUUUUUCUUUCCCCCCCCCCCCCCCCCGUUACACAACCUUACAAAUACCCAGGUUUUCAUGUGGUUUAGAGGGCAAGCAGGCUGGAGAUUUACAGUGCAUGUAAAAUGGCUAUUUUGGGACACUGGCUUCUCAUUUAGACACUGCAGUGUUACGUCAGUCCUCCGUACCGAGACAAUUUCUUAGGAACCAAAGUUAAAAGUUUCUUUUUUUCAUGAUAAAAUAUUGUUGUUGUUCCAUGUAUGUGCCUUGAGGUUGAACUUACAAUGUAAAGUCCUUGAAACCUUUAAAUGUUUUUGCACAAACUGUAAAUACUUAAGUGAAGCUUUUUGAAAAUAAAAGAGCCAUUGGAUUUGA